CAACAACACAAGAAGAAGAAGAGAGAAUACAGAGUUCUAGCGAAGCUAACGUGUAUUUAAAGUUAGCAGGGCUCAAUCAUUUAAAACAUUAAUUAUAAUCAGACACAUGAUCAUUAUCGCGCUUUGAAUUGCAGGAAUAUAUAUACAUAAAUCAACAUGGCGCAUCUAGGACUCUCUUGGAAGAUCAUCAAUGCGAGUUCUUUCGCUGUAAAUACCCUGGCCACAUAUGUGGUCGGUGCCUCAAAGCACUCUGCGGUGAACAUACUUGGUGCUACCUUUGUGUCGAACCAAUCUAUCUCCGCCAAGUAUCCCACGCUUGUCACCCCCAGCGGGUACGCUUUCUCUAUUUGGGGACCCAUCUUUCUGCUAGAGGGAGCUGCCACCAUAUACGAUGUUUUCGUGGCCAACAAUGCCGAGAAGACCCCCUCAGGCACCACCGUCACAGCUCUAUUAGGCGAGAGCAGUGUGUACUGGAGUGCAGCAUGUCUCUUGCAGGCGUCUUGGGCUUUCAUCUUCGGUGCUAACCGCAUUGUGGAGUCAACAGUUGCUAUGAUGGGAAUCGCCUACUGUAUGCGUCAGGUGUAUGCUACGAGUGCGGCAAUCCAAAGUGGCGGUGAGAGCGGACUGACAGUGCGCAAUGUAACGCUCAGGCUGACGCAACUGGCCUUCUCGCUGCACUCCGCCUGGGUGAACUGUGCUGCUAUUAUCAACGUCAACAUGGCUGCUAACGCUCUUGGACUUUCCUACGAGGCUCAGAUGUACAUAGCGUGGGCUAGUAUGUUCGCUGCUGUCGGCAUCGCUCUGUACACCACGUACAAGUAUCAGGAUCCUGUACCUGCCAUUGUAACUGCUUGGGCACUUAUCGCGAUGGGCAACAACGACACAACGCCAUACAGUGCUGUCUACGUUGCUCUCAGUGUAGCGAAAGCGCCAGUAGACACAUUACAAGCACAGUACACAGUCGCCGGCUAUGCCGUAGGAUUCUUCGGUGUAGUGCAAGCCGCUAUACCUCUCCUCACUAAUUAAUCAACUUGAGAAGAAGCAAACGCUUGUCAUGACUUCGACCCGGGUAAUUGAAUCUGUGUUCAAUAAAUAAGAUGAAUCGACAAAUAACCUGUACAAGGUGGUAAAUAAAGGAAGGGAUGUAAUAUCGAGAUCGACACCUGGGUAGGUGCCUGGGAUUUCUUCCUUUGAGAAUGAUUGGCUAGCGUGUAUUGGGUAUGAGUAGUUGGUCGUUCAGUGAGUUAGCAUAUUAGCACAAUGGAAAGCUGUGCUGUGGGGUAUUAUUUGCACAGACGAGUGCUUUUGAAUUUCGAAUUGAACCGGUGCAGUGUUUCCAUUCCAAAGGUAUAUUAUUUCUACUGCACUGUACUGUCUAGUACAACUACUUUCAUAUGAGGUCACAGAGAACUGUUUCGAUAUUUUGGGCAGCGACAACUGUGUUCGAACUUAAUUUUCUUCGAAAAUUUGUGAGCAUACUAGAGAUAGCUACAAUAACAAAGGGGGAUUUGUAGCCAAGGGUGGCCGUGGUAUGUUGUACUCUGGGAACAAACGUGUUCGAUAUUGAGAUGCGUAACUACUUUACAGCUACCCCGAAAAAAAUACACAUUUAGAUACAUCCUUGUGAAGUAGCCGGCGAAGCAAUUCAGCCCCUCCAAGGAAUUUCGAAGAUCACCGGUCGAUACCAUGGUAUACUGGAUGGCAAAGGGUGACUUGCAAGGGAUUCUAUGAAAUACGCAUACCAACUACAAAUACGGGGUUCAUCAGUUCAUCAUCACCAGCAAUUAAAUAAAUUACU